AUGUCGAUUCAAAGCGCCGGAAGAUAUCGAUCGGGAAAUCAGAGAAACUCGGGAGACGAGACGAGAGGAGAGGAGAAAAGAAAGCUGGCGACUCGUGGUCGACUCGUGACCCGUGGCAACGAGGGACAAGAAGAAGAGAAGAAGAAGAAGGCGAAGGCGAAGGCGAAGGCAUCGGUGCGGUCGCUCGAGCGCGAUUCCGGCCGCGCUCGCGUCGCGCCGCUUCCUAUUCGCGGGACGACCAUCCCACGGAUUGGACGGGCGGAAGCAGCGGUCUCGAUCGACGAGGGGACGGCGGCUCCUCCGUUGAGCCGGGGGAUCGAGGAUCGGCCGAGGAUAGCCUCGAUCGAGACGGCGCCGGUCGACAAACGUCACCACCACCAUCGCUACCACCAUCGUCAUCGCCACUAUCGUCACUACCACCACCACCCCCACCACCACCAUCACCACCGCCGCCAUCGUCAUCGCCAUCGAAUAUUCGAUGAGAGAGAUUAUCGUUGGAGAAUCGUUGGGCGAGGGAAAUGGACGAACGAAGAGGAGAAGAGAGGAGGAGAUCGAUGCCGGAGAGUGAUCAAGAUCGAUGGAUCGUCGAUCUCUCGGUUAUUCCGGAUAGCGACGUUGGUGGCGGUGGCGGUGGCGCUUUUCGUGCCGAUCGCGUCGCCCGUGCCGCUCUCUGGAACCGGUCCUCGCCACGAGGACGACCUCCACCGCUUCACCGGUCUCGAGGACGUCUACGAGGAUGUUUUCCGAGAAGAGGAUCGAGCAACGACGUCGAGGAGCAUAGUCGACGAGACCGAGCUCGAUAUUAUCAGAAGGAGCAUAGCGCGUGGUCUUGGCCUCGAGAGGAUACCCGACCCUUCCAAGGCAAACGUCAGUCAAGCCGAAUACGAGAGAGCGCACAGAGAGUACCUGAUGAGAAUACAGUCCUCGUUUUCCAACGAAGCGACGACAUUCGGAAGCGAAAAGAAGCUGCACGUGUUUCCCGCUACAGCGUAUCCUGGAAACGUAUCGACCGAGACGAGCGAAAGGGAAAAACCUUACCGUCACUGCUUGUUCUUCCCCGUGGAGAAGGAUUUGGAUCGCGCGACUGUCGAUCACGCAACGCUUCGACUGUUGCUCCACGGGCCUACGACCGACCAAUAUUAUUCCCAACCUUCCGAAUUGGACGUGUUGCUCUAUCUCGGAGUAUCGUCGUUCCCUCAUCGGUCGAUAAGACUGAUCGAUCGUACGAGAAUACGAUUGGAGGAUUGGCGAAACUCGAAAUGGCUGGAACUUGACGCUACUCUCGCCGUUUCCUCGUGGAUCGAUGCUCCCCUUUCCAAUCUUGGACUCGAAUUGGAAUUUUUAUUGGACGGAGAAACAGUGACGCGCACUUUUUCCUCCCCGGUUCUUAACGUGUUCACCGCGACUCCUUUCGCGUCGACCACCGCUCUCAGACGCAAACGUUCAUCGCCCGAACAAGUGAUGUCCCUUCACAGAAGUCGUAGGACCAAGUGCAAAGGCGAGGGUAAAAAGUGCUGCAGACACGAACUCACCGUCAUGUUUAAAGAUUUGGAAGGUUUCGAGUUUAUCGUUUAUCCGAAAACUUUCGAUGCCGGAUAUUGUAAAGGACGAUGCCCGCCUAGAUACAAUCCGGCUCAUCAUCAUGCUCUUUUGCAAAGUCUAUUGUGGAAAGAAGAUAGAAAAAAAGUGCCUAAACCGUGCUGCGCGCCAAGUAAACUCGAUCAAUUGAUGAUCGUUUACUUGGACGAGAAUAAUUCCACUCGGUUGAAAGUUUCCGAUUGGAAAAACAUUCAAGUACUCGAAUGCGCUUGUUCCUAAAUAUUUCCCUUCUUCCUUUCGUUCUUAUUUUUCGGAGGAAGGGAUCAAACAAAUCGACCGAUGGUAAUUUUUAGCCGUGAAUCAACAACGAAUUUACCAACAACAAACUGGUGGAUGGGAACGAUCGAUCGAACUUAAAAAACCUGCACGAAAGGACCAGAGUUUUCAUAGUCGUAGACGACUCACCAAAGAAUCGUCCGAACGUUGUUCGUUCUUUCCGACAAAUCCAACGUAUUUCUUAUUAACGCAUUGCACCAAUCUUUCUUUUCCCGUUCAGUCCCUUACUGUGCUUCAUAUAUGCGUAUGUAUAUGUGUAUGUAUCUAUUCCGUCGCGACGUUUACGAACGUAAUCGAUCGAUGAAACAGUUUUUUUAUGGAAAACGAGAACGCGAAAAAAAA